CGGGUCUGUCUGCCUCCUGCAGCACAUUCUGGCUCCGUCAUAGGCGCACGCAGCUCCUCCGUUUUUUCCUCUGAGGUUCAGACUGCCAACAGCAGCGGGACUCUCUGCUCUACCUGCCGUCGCUUCUUCCCUCCAGGGCUUAUUCGGAUCCUGAUGCAAGGAGGCGUGAUGGAGAAGAUGUCCCGACACCCCAUUCCACUAAACCCGACCUUUCUCCCCCCGACCCCGCACGGAGUGCUCAAGUCCUUGCUGGAGAACCCGAUGAAGCUGCCGCUCCAUCAUGAAGCAUUUAGCAAGGAGCAGGAGAAAGAGAAGAACCUGGAGGAGGAACGCAGCACCCCUCAGUCAGCGUUUCUGGGCCCAACACUUUGGGACAAAACCCUCCCCUAUGACGGAGACACCUUUCAGCUUGAGUAUAUGGACCUGGAGGAGUUCCUGUCUGAAAACGGCAUCCCAUCCAGCCCCUCUCAGCAUCAUGUCGACCAGCACCGGACAAAUGCACCAUCCCGCCAGCAACACAUCAUACCCCCAGCCCCACCCACACCAGCACGAACUGUGAUGGACCUCAGUAACCAUGCCUCCACCUUAGUUCACACGACAGUCAUCUCCCCAAACUGUAUGCACAGCAGCUCGGCGAGAGCAGGCCUCCCAAGCUCCAGGAACACUCCCAGCCCCAUAGAUCCAGGCUCCAUCCACAUUCCGAUCAGCUAUGAGCCUGACCCAGCAGACCUGGCCCUGUCCAGUGUGCCGGGUCAGGAGAUCUUUGAUCCACGCAAGCGCAAGUUCUCUGCUGAGGAGCUGAAGCCCCAGCCAAUGAUCAAGAAAGCUCGGAAGGUUUUCAUCCCUGAAGAUCUGAAGCAGGAUGACAAAUACUGGGCCCGGCGCAGGAAGAACAACAUGGCAGCCAAGCGGUCCCGUGACGCCCGCCGGCUCAAAGAGAACCAGAUUGCUAUUCGAGCUGCCUUCCUGGAGAAAGAAAACUCAGCUCUGAGGCAGGAAGUUGCUGACCUGAGGAAAGAACUUGGACGUACCAAAAACAUCCUCUCCAAGUAUGAGGCACAGCACGGGGUGCUGUGAGGGAGACCACACACACACACAUGCACACACGCACACACACACACACACACACACACACACACACACACACACAUGCAUGCACACGAACACACACAAAGCGUUCCAUAGGUCCAAACUCUUCACACAGACUCCUCUGCCUGACACUUGAUGUCUACUCUCAUGUUCUGACCCCCUAAUCCGUCUUAUCAUCAUCAUCAUUAUCGUCAUCAUCAUGUCCCAACAUUUAAGUACAAUCAGCAUCUCAGUCUCUGCCACAGAUUCCACCCCUCACAGGUGUUCUCUCACUGUGCGCCUGUUUAUAUGUACACACCUGCUUCUGGUGAUUGUAUGAUUAUGCCCCGCCUCCUUUUAAAGCUGGUAAGCCUCAGCAAGGUUUGAUGUUGACAGAAGGUUGGAAAUAUAUGAAAGAUUUAAAAAAGUCAGUUGAUAGACUGAUAUCAAGCGCCCUGAAUCACCAACUUUUAUACCUACUUACCUUAAAGUUUUCUUGGUUUCUUGGCUUAAAAUGCCUUCAAAUGUGAAACAAUUAGAGAUUAGCUUUAAAUAAAUCAUUAGUGUCGCUUUAAACAUAUAAAACUUUUAACACUUUAAAACGACAAGUUUUCAAAAAACAUUUACAGCCUCCUGAUGGCAGAAAGCCCACACCAUCAGGGUAGAUGACCUAUCACCACACACACACACACACACACACACACACACACGCACGCACGCACGCACGCACGCACGCACGCACGCACACACACACACACACACACACACACACACACACACACACACACACACAAGGAACAAUCUGUGAUGCUGCAAUUCAAGGUGAAUCCAGAUUGCAGAUCGGGUUGAUAAAUGUGGAUUAUCUUUAAUUUAAUUAAAUGUUCAGAAAUAAGUCCUCUGUUGUGUGUGUGUGUGUGUGUGUGUGUGUGUGUGUGUGUGUGUGUGUGUGUGUGUGUGUGUGUGUGUGCAUGUACAGAAACAGUUAUGAAGAUUACAAUAGAAAAUGGCCCAAUUGAACUAAUUUGUUUCAGUUUGUUGCUUUUAAAUGAUGUGGUGUUCAAUAUAUUUUUCAUGAUUCGACAAAGAAAACUAACGUGAACUUUGGCGGGAUCAUAAAUGCUGAAAUAAUCUUUUAAAUGAAAGGUGGUGCAGGUUGUAGCUCUGUAAAAGCAAAUGCCAGAAAUAAUUUUUUAAGGAUCCCUGGUUAAACCUAUGAAUUAGUAAUAAAAUAAUAAAGAACUAAACAAAGCCAACUCUAACCUUCACAUGUCUGUAGCUGCUGUCUGGACCAAUCAUGGCUGCAGAAAGCAGAAUUUAACCAUUUUUUACAAUUCAACCUUCUACCUUUCCACCUCUUAAACAUGCAGCAUCUAUUUUAUUGGGGGGGGGGGGGGUAAUUCUGGUGCUGGGGUUGACACCAUGUUAUGUAAGACUGAACAUUUUUCAGGACUUCCAGCUGAGCUUCUGUUUUUUAUUAUUUUUUUUUUUUACAGAUUUCAAUCUGAACUCAGUCAUUCUGCUGUCAGAGUAGAGCAAAUACUCAGAGUGGCGUAUACUGACAAAUCUGAGGACCUCUGCAGUGAUGGCAUGUCACAUGACCUUAUGCUCACCGUCCAAAGGCUUAACAGAGACAUAAAGCAGCUGAAUUUUCCCUCAGUGCUAAAAGAUUUGAUGUUACCUCUUGGUCUAAUCAGAUGAACAAAUCAGAAGCUGCAUCAGCAGGAAUCUGUCCUGACAGAGUGGAGCUGUGGGUCCAAACAGAUGCUACUAGCAUUGGAUGCUGAAUUAAUUGUGAACCAGUCUAGCAUAACCCUAACCCAAACUGAUAUGAGAAGCAGAGUGUCAGAAAACCAGUUCAUGUUUCCUGUAACACCUGAUUCUGUUUCUGCUCAGUCGCUGUUUCAAUGAAAACAACAAUGAGUCAUUUUUUUGUUUUUGUUUUUUAAAUAAAACUCAGCAGGAGCAUUUGACAAGACGAUUGAAGUUCUGCUCACAGUGAAGUGGAGCCAGAUGAGGUUCUGGGAGGUUCUGGCCUGAACUGUGCGGCUGGAGCUGUCUGAUCCCCUCUGCUGGCUGCAUGAAUGUAGAUUUUAAACAGCUUGUGUUAAACUGUGAAAUCACCUCAGAUCUCUUUAGACCAAAACCACACAGAGGAUAUAUUAAUAUAUGGAAGUUUAAUGUUUAUACAGAGUUAUUUUUACCUUUUGUACAGUCUGUUUUCCUACAUAGAUGUUUCUAUGUAUUUUGGAAACGCUUUCAUAAAUAAAAACAGUAUAUAUAAAUAUAAAUCACACAUUUGCAGUAAUUAUUAAUAUAUUGUUGAGACAGCAGGCCCAUCCUGUCUGGGCAAUGCACGGGCAUUAUGGAGAUCCUCCAGGGUUCCCUUCACAUCUCCCUUCCUCCUGCGGAUACUCAAAAUACCUCAAAAUCGAUCUCAAUCACACCUGUGCAGGUGGCACGUCAGCUGGUUGCUAUGGCAGCAGGUGCUCCUCCUCUCUCAGUGAGGCUUUGAUUGCCUCCUUGUGGAUGUUUGUACACUUUCAAUCCGCUCAGAGGAAUGUAUUCCCCAAAGUAAAGUACUUAGUUUGUUUUUCCUUUUUCCUGGUUUAAUGUGGUUUCUGUUUAUUUUCUUCAUCCUGGACUUCAGUUCUCUGUGAGAUUCUGUAAUUAUUAAAAAUGUCUUCUUUUUGUCUUUAUUCUGUUUCUCCUGAUCAAAACAAUAAACAAAAAUCCUUAUCUAA